AUGCUUGGUGUUGAUGCCGCUGGUGGGGAUGGCCGCACGGCGUCGAUUGAGCUGGUGGACACCGGCGGGGAGGAGCCCGACCUGGUGAUCACCACGCACGCACCAAACUCCACCGUGUUCUUCAACCAGGCGUCCGUCUCCAACGUUGCUGCGGCGAUGGACAGCGUCAGCGAAGGGCAGGCCGCCUUCGCCAUGCAGCAGCAGCAGGACGGCGACCUCUUCGACACCCUUGCCGACGCGCGCGUGGGCGACACGCGCUCGGCGCUUUCACAGGCCACCGCUGACAUCCUGUCCCGGCUGGAGAGCCGUGGCAUCGACCUGCCACCGCUCGGCGUUUCGCAGUGGAGCACCCUGGCACAGACGAGCCCGACGGGCGCCGUGAUUGGCGCAGAGGGCUCGAUCCUCUUCCUCUCCGGCAGCACCGGGGACGCGCUCGUGACAGGUCAGAGCAGCCACGGCAAAACGGAUGCGUUUGUGGCUGCGGUUCACCCGCGCACGGCCAAGCCCACAUGGAUCACACAGCUGGGCACCGGUGAGUUCGACACGGCAACAAGCGUUGCCCUGGACGCCUCCCGUGGUCGCGUGUUCAUCAGCGGCGUCGUCGGCAACAAAGCAGCGCUGCCCGGCCACACAUCGCGCGGCAACUCAGACAUCUUCGCAGCCUGUCUCGACGCAGCCACGGGCGAGGUCCUGUGGACGCAGCAGCUCGGCACGAGCGAGUACGACAGAGCAGAUGCCAUCGCCGUCCUGCCGAGCACGGGCGAUGUCGUGGUCACGGGAUCGGUUCGCGGCAGCCUUCCAAACCACAGCAUCUCCGGCAUCAGCGAUGUGGCCGUGGCACGGCUGAGCGGGAACAACGGCAGCGUCAUGUGGACGCAGCAGUUUGGCACCAACGGGUUUGACAGCGGCUUGGCUCUGGCGGUGCCACCAUCCCCGGGGAAAGAUGAUCGCUUCUACUUGGCAGCAGCUGUCGAGGGUCCCCUGGAGCCCAACCUCCCAUACGGAGGCGGUACAGAUAUUGCCAUUCUGUGCAUGGACAGCUCGGACGGGGAGGCGCUGUGGAUCCAGCAGCUUGGCUCGAGUGGCGCCGACACCCCAUAUGGGCUCACCCUCGACCCUUCUGGUGUAGUUCUGUAUGUGGCAGCGGAGACCACAGGUUCGCUGGGAAGUGACGGCUACCCCGGCACCCGCGACGCAGUGGUUGCAAAGCUGAACGCUGUUACGGGCGCCGUGUCGUGGGUGCAGCAGUACGGCAGCACAUCUUCCGACAAGGCGGUGGCGGUGCUGGUUGACGGCAACGACGCCAGCCGCCUGUAUGCUGCCAUGCAAACAACCAACUUUCGCUCAACCACGCCCGACAACUACAAGACAACGGUGGUGCGUCUCGACGCGAGCAACGGCGACAUGACGCAGACGCGCGUCAUUGGCAGCGGCAGCGAUUCCCCGACCACCGCCACGUGGGCGGCAGGCAACACCAUCAUCGUCGUCGGAUCCACCCGCACGCCGUUCUUUGGGUGGCCAACACCAGGCGGUGUUCCAACCAGUGGUGUCCCAAGCGCUAAUUUUGCUUCCAACCCAUACCUGGCAGCCUUCUUCGCCACGUGA